AUGGCGUGGCGGCGGCGGCGCGGCGCGUGGGGCGCGCGCGUGGUGGCGUGGGCGGCGGUGGUGGCGGCGGCGGCGCUGGCGGCUCCACGCGGCGCCGACAAGGGCAAGAGAGGGCGCGGCAGCGCGUGGCAGUCGGCGUGCGGCUUCGCCGGCGCGCCGCCCUGCCCGUUCCGGUCGCGCGUCCGCGGCGCCUUCGCCGACGCCCUCGACCAACUCAGCGCCGAGCCCGGCGACCUCGACAUCUUCGACCCGCAGGAACAGCCCCAUCUGAUCAUCCUGGCGCCCCCGCCGCCGCCGCUCCUGUGGCUCGUGGAGGCGGACAUGAUGCCCGCGGAGAAACUGGGGAAGAAGGCCAAGGCCGAACACAACUUAUCCAUCAAAAGUCCGGCGCGCCGACGCUUCUUCCGCAGAUAUUUCCGACGCUGGAUGGACUGAGCCCCGAACUGGACUUCUUCCCCCACCACGCACUGUACGCCUGGAUGCUCACUUGGCGCGCUCGCCAAUAGUUUGGGACUGCAAGAGUCCGUUAACUUAAAAAUGUAGAUAACAGAAUUCAUGGCAUUACAGAGCUUUAAUGAAGCACCAACUGAGAGAAUACUUG